ACACCAAGAAAUCACCAAACCAAAGAGCAAGAAGCGGCCUUCACAAGUUGCUGUUGUAACUCUCAGAAGACGCUAUUGUACUCCUCUCUAGUGCACGUGGCCAAUGAGACAUCCAGCAGCUGAUUGGUCACCAAAAAGAAUGUCCCCCUCAGCCACAGGGUGGGAGCUCCACUUUGGAGCAGGCGAAGCUACCAAUUAAAGAGGAAGAACUCUCCAUCACUCAGGAGGGAGAGCAUCUUCUCGGGCCAGAGGAGGCUGAUCUCACCAGGUUGCCACUGACUGGUGUCUCUGCGGUGACCGAAGACCCUGAAGACAAACCACCUGAGUCCUCACAGCUUCAUCAUAGCCCAAGUGAGGAGAUGAGAGAGGCGGAGCCACAGCCCCCCUGUGUUAAAGAGGAUGGGGAGGAGCCACAGCCCCCCUGUAUUAAAGAGGAAGAGGAGGAGCCACAGAUCCCCUGUGUUAAGGUGGAAGAGGAGGAGCUGCAGCCCACCCACAUUAAAGAGGAAGAGGAGGAGCCACAGCCCACUUAUGUUAAAGAGGAAGAGGAAGAACUCUCCAUCACUCAGGAGGGAGAGCAUCUUCUAGGGCCAGAGGAGGCUGAUCACGGCAGGUUGCCACUGACUGGUGUCUCUGUGAAGACCGAAGACCCUGAAGACAAACCACCUGAGUCCUCACAGCUUCAUCAUAGUCCAAGUGAGGAGAUGAGAGAGGCGGAGCCUUCAUGCAGCAGCUCACUGCAACACAUGACAACAGAAGCUGAUGGAGACCACUGUGGAGGAUCACAAACAGACAACCUCUUAGCUCCACUGUCAGAUAGUGACGACACAACGUCACACUCUCCUGAAGGUGAAGACAACGACUUCACCCAAGAAUCUCUGAGCAGCGAUACAGACUGUGAAGGUGAUAUGAUGACUCACACUGGCAACAAACACUCUGAAAGCUCUAAAAAGAAGACAGGUAAACGUUUUAACUGCUCAGUUUGUGAUAAAAGAUUUUCUUGUAAGAGUCAUUUGGCUCAACACAUGAGAACACACACAGGAGAAAAACCUUUUACUUGCUCAGACUGCGGAAAAUGCUUCACUCAAAAGACACAUAUGCAAAGACACAUGAGAACGCACAAAGGAGAAAAACCUUUUAGUUGCUCAGACUGCGGUAAACGCUUCGCUCGAAAUGCAACCAUGCAAAGACACAUGACAAUACACACAGGAGAAAAACCUUUUAGUUGCUCAGACUGUGGUGAACGCUUCGCUCGAAAGUCAGACAUGGGAUUACACAUGACAACACACACAGGAGAAAAGCCUUUUAGUUGCUCAGACUGUGGUAAACACUUCACUCAAAAGACAAACAUGCAAAGACACAUGAGAAUACACACAGGAGAAAAACCUUUUAGUUGCUCAGACUGUGGUAAACGCUUCACUGAAAAGAUAACCAUGCAAAGACACAUGAUAACACACACAGGAGAAAAACCUUUUAGUUGCUCAGACUGUGGUAAACGCUUUACUCAAAAGACAAAUAUGCAAAAACACAUGAGAAUGCACAAAGGAGAAAAACCUUUUAGUUGCUCAGAUUGUGGUAAACGCUUCACUGAAAAGACACAUAUGCAAAGACACAUGAAAACGCACACAAGAGAAAAACCUUUCAGUUGCUCAGAUUGUGGUCAACGCUUCACUGAAAAGACACAUAUGCAAAGACACAUGAGAAAACACACAGGAGAAAAACCUUUUAGUUGCUCAAACUGUGGUAAACGCUUUGCUCGAAAGUCAGACAUGGGAUUACACAUGAGAACACACACAGGAGAAAAACCAUUUACUUGCUCAUAUUGUGGUGACAUGUUUUUUUGGAACAGCUCUUUGAAAAUACACAUGCAGAGUCACUGAUGGUCUACUGCAGGUGUCGGCAACCCGCAGCUCUUCAACCUCCUUCUUGCGGCUUACUUUGCCGAGUGCGGUGAGUUUUUUUUUUUUUUCAAACACCGAAGUAUGGAAAAUGUGCAUUUUCGAAAUGAAUGUGAACUAUCCCACUCACUGCAUGUCCGUGAAUGCACCUAGACUGCGUUCUGACUGCUGAUUGGAUGAACAAGGGAGGAGGGGGUAGGCUCGUGUAUGCAGUGAGUCUCACUGUGAGGGAAAGAAAAAAGGUGAGAGAGAUGGCGGACAUCUGUGACUUUGAUCUGAGCAACAUUUGUGGGCGUUUCUGUGCAAAGCCCAGGAGUUUAUAGACCGUGAAGCCCCCCAUGCAGGAAUAUAGCAGCAGGCAGUCGCAUCUUGUUUAUAAUCAGAUCAAAAAAGGACUUGGGAAUUAGACAGAUGCAACUUAAAGCACAACAAUAUUUUUUGUGAUAUACCAACGAAUGACCUUCCUGUGAUUACUACUUUGACAAAAUGAUUCAACCCCUUGGUCACAUACGUCCUUUGUACAAAACCCUUUGGCAAUAAUAACGUACCUCAGACGUGACACAUAGCUCGACACAAUUGUCUUUCAGAGAUCUACUGGAAUCUUAGCCCGUUCCUCAUAGGCAAAGGCAUGCUGCAACUGCCUUCUUCAAGUCCCACCAGAGAUUUUCAAUUGGAUUUAAGUCAGGCGAUUGCGAUGGCCACUCUAGAAUCUUCCAUCCUUUUGUCUGCAACCAAGCUUUGGUAGAUUUUGAGGUAUGCUUGGGGUCGUUGUCCUGUUGGAAGGUCCAACGUCACCCAAGCUUCAGAUUUGUCACUGACUGCACCCAAUGUCUCCUGGUAGUUACUUGAAUUCUUGAUAGUCCUGUCGGAGUUCACCAGCUGUCCCCUGAGGAUUUUGCUCCACCUCUCGCUUCAGACACCGGACAGCAGUCGCCGACAGCAUCCUCUUUCUGCCGCGCCCAGGUCGUGUUUCCACUUUGCCUUUUAGCUUUAAAUUUGCGAACGAUGCUUCCAAUUGUGUCUUUUGAAAUGUUUCAUGCCUUUGCUAUCUUUUUAUAACCGUAUCCUUGCUUAUGCAGAGAAAUGACCUCCUCUCUAGUCUAGAAGGAGCUGGGUGUUGCAGUCGUUUUAAAUCUGCUCAGUAUGGUUCUGUCCACAUCUGCGGGUGUUUUCAACACCUGAUUGAAAAGACCUGAUGAAACCUCUGUUCUUAUGAGUGGUCAUCUUUGAGGGGUUGAAUAAUGUUGUCAGUGAGGAAACACAAAAAGGACAUUUGUUGGUGUUAUUAGAAAAAGUAUUGUUGUCAUUUCAGUUGCAUUUAGCUAAUUUUCAAGUCCUUGUAAGAUUUCAUUCUAAACAUGAUUGAAGUGUUUUUUUAUGUCCUCCAACACGUUCCCGCAACGAGAGUUGAAUAAUUUUGAACGCCGCUGUAGAUAGAUACUUUAUUCAUCUCCAAGAGAAAUUCACAUUUCCAGCAGCUCUGCAAAAAUGUCAUCAUGAACUUAAUCGCAAAAUAAAACCGAGGCAAAAAAGAAAAAUACGAAAAUGCAGUAAGAAUAUAAAAAUAAAUACAGAGCAGGUCACUUUGAAUUUGUAGUGCAAUAACACACAAUAAAUGAUAAUAAUAAUACAUAAUAAGGUUAUAAGUCCAGUCCUUCCACAACAGGAGAUAUGUGAUGUUACAUACAGGUAUAUCGGAAUCAGAAAUUGGGAGUUGGACAAUAUCGCUUAUGGGCAAAAAAGCCAAUAUCAGACAUCCCUAAAAAAGAGCCAGCUCGUUACUGCACGUAUGGGACUGACUCAUUCCUCCUAUAAAGUCGUCUGAAAGUCUCCAAAAAGCAACAGCAGCGCUCCGUUUACAUAUGAUGUGACGUGCAUGUUAACCAAGCUACAGCGACAUUGUUGUUAUUAUUUUUAUGAACAUUGUUUCGCCGAUCGAACUACAUUCCUGCCGUAUUGACACUUAGCCAGAACACGUCGGCGAGCUGCUAGCUGGCUAGCGACUAGCUUCACCGUAGACUCGCACGCUCACAACGCCUCAGACACGACCAACAGGUAAGGCUACAUAUCGGAGAUGCCACCACGUUUGGAAACGUUAACGCUAGGCGUAGACGUUCCUUUCUACAACGUUGCUUUGUGAAAUCAAUGGAAGUUUCGGUAAUGCUUGGAAUGGUCGAAAUAAGCAAAAUACUGCAAGUAUUCCAUGUUAUCAUGAAUGUACCUGCUACUACGUGCUCACAGCAUGGAUGGAAAACCAUUGUUGGAGGUUUUUGGAGGUGUUUUAAUAGCAGUGUGUGUAGGCGGAAUAGGUGUGUCCCAUUACGUGCACUACUGAGCUGUCGCUUUUUUUUUAAAAAAAGUACGGUAUAGGUAUGAAAAUUAGCGAUACUGGCUCUGUACUGACUGGGUAUCGCAUGGAUUGUCUGAUGCUGUAUUUUAUUGUGGACAUUGAACGCAACACCUAAUAAAGUAUUGUUUUCCAAAGUAUCUGUUCCAUCCUAAAUUGCAUCACGUCUGCUUUGUUUUAGUUUCCACUACUCGGUUUGGUCAGUAGAGGGCGCUCUGUGUACACGGCUUGAUUGUUUGGGGGCGUUACCGGAAGAAAGCGUAAGAGCAUUAAGCAACAUAGGCCACAUUGGCACAGCGUACAUAGUGUACAAAGCAGAUGAAGAGGCUAACAGAACAUCUAUAUUUGACAUUAAAAAGCGGGGAGAUUCUCCCAUUCCUUCAAGUAACGCAACCUUCGUCCCUUAAAAACCAUUUGAUACGUUAUUCUCUAUCUUUUGCUAUAUUAAAUGUACUUUUCCCCUUCCAAUUCUCAUUGCCUUUGGGACAAAAUUGUACUGUGCACCCUGGCUCAGCACUCCCCUAUAGCAAUGAUAGUUUUACUCCUCUAGAAAGAGAUUUUCAUUUGAACUGCAUAUCCCAUCCCUUUUUUCCACUAAAAUCCAUGGUCAUGAUCCUUUACUUUUUAUUCUUACUUUCAUACGAUUCACUAUGCUCUCGUCUGUACAAAAUAUGAAUCAUAAAAGAGACAAGUUUUAAAAUCAUUUCACAUUUUGCUGAUUUUUUUGUUUGUGUUAUGAAAUAAAAAUAAGCUCUUUUUUGAUUUAGAAAUAUAUUUGAACAAAAACCACAGGAAUAAUAUGUGAUAUAAUAUGUAAUAAUAUAUAAACAUUGUCUCCAUAUGGGGGUUCAUUUGAAAUUCGGGUAAACAAAAAAAACGUAUUUUUUUAUAUUUGCACGCAACCGCAAAUGAUUUAGUAGUCUAGUGGUGGUUGUUUGUUUACAUAGCCCCCACAGCCCCCCAUGUAAAGCCCUUAUGACACAGGUAUGGUAUGAUAUCCACAGAAUGUUUAAAAAUGAUCAUACGAGUCCUUAUGACUAAGCUCAAGCACACCUGUUGUGCGAGGUUAGUGUGAAGACUAACCUUGCAUUUAGUGUGAGUGGCUAACAAACUAACAACACACUUAACAACUCACAAGUUCUCACAUAAGUCAUUGUCCGACAAGCGUUUCUUGGGAGUGGCAAUAUGGCGGCCGUGUGGCUUCACAAGUCAUCGCCAAUGAGCUAUCCAGAUAUAUAAUACAGAUCAGUGGCGGUGCUACGUUCGGUUCAAUUCAUUUGCGGUAGCCUUCUUGCACGUGACUGCCGAAAAAUAGGUCGACCGGAUGGAGACGCGUUCUGCACAUGCGUAGAAGAGCAAUCUUAGCGUUAGCAUUGCAGUCGAUGAGUUGAGAGUGCAGAGCUAAUUGACGUGAGGAAAUGUGGAAUGAAAAGUGAUUAAAGGAUCCCUAAAACGAUACUUACCUGAUCGAUGAUCCACUCGGAUCACCUCUUUAUGAGCAAGAAUUGACUUUUGGUGAGUUUUGUUUCUUAUAUUGGAACUUUGUAUGUGGUUAAAUAGUGCAGGACUAAUGUGUGUGUGCAAAAGUUGUGAUGCAGUGAAUAAUUUGCCCAACCGAGAAUGAUAUGUCUGAAUAUUUAUAUGGUGUGACGUGCAGAAAUGUUAGAUUUUGCUAAAUGUUUGAGAAUGAGAGCGAUUUUGCCUGGUUAAAUACGUCCGUAGCCAACGCGAUGAAAACGUUAGCCGCCAUUUGAGGUUAGUUGUGAUAAUAUAACUAAGUGAAUGUGAAGUGGUGAUUAAUGUACAUACUAGGUUCCAGGCGUACGCCAAUUGUAAUCGGCGGCACAUGAAUAAAAAUGAAAAACAAUUACCGCCUUACACUCACAAUUACGAGUGCGCCUGAACGCCUCCCGGCAGGGGGCGAGCGGAGCAGAAAGGAGACAAAGCGUGAAGUUGUUCAUUGCUCUGUGUGCAUUCUAUGAACGAAUAAGUAAGUUUGAUGAUUAGUAUUUAAUCCUGGAGGUUUCAUUUAUAUUGGUCUUCCAAUCCCCACAAAUAUUCUCUUCUUUCCUUUUCUUUUUUAUUUGGGCUGUCAAAGUUAACGCGGGGCGUUUCCUUUAACGGCACUAUUUGUUUAAACGCACGAUUAAUGUGCGCACGUCCUGCUUCACCCUCGGCCCACACCGUAGUUUGGGGAAGUGCAGCUGUGACUAUGGAGCAAAUAUUGAGCGAAACUGGACAAAGAAAAGAGUAUUUUGAUUGGUAAGUUGACCUUCAAGGCCCUGGCAGAUGGCUCUCACAAGACCGAAGUUAUUUGUAUCUACUGUCGCUGUGAUUGAAAUUGUCACGGCGUAUGUCUAAGUGUCGGAGAGAAGCAAGCUGCGAAAGGUAUUGAAGGUAGAGAGGUCGUCUCCCAACCUGAAGGUUGCGGGUUCGAUCCUCUGUCCUCCCAUGAUCAUGUCGAAGUAUCCUUGGGAAAGAUACUGAAGGCCCAACCCCCGGUGGCUCCUGGUGCUGCGCCAUCAGUAGCUAAAUGUGCUAACGGUGUUAAAGUGCUUCGAGUGCCUUGGAGGUGGAAAAGCGCUAUACAAGUGAAAGACCAUUUUCCACUAAAGCACUGCAGGUACUUUUUUAUUGUCAUUUAUGCAGUGGUACCUUGGCAUACGAGUGUCCCAUGUACCAACUUCCUCACAUUUGGGUACCAGCUACUAGUUAACUUUAGGCAUAGCCAAGGACAGCUAUUUGGGGGCUUAUGUCACUGUGGCCAUGGCUGAACAGCUAGAAGUGCUAGCAUUAGCGGCGCACGAGCUAGUCACCGGGAAAGAUGAUCAGUAAACACACAUACCUUGAUAGCGAUCUAAUUGAUCUUAUUUGUUAUGUAUUGUGUAAAACUAAGACAUGAACAAAUUCCAAUUAAAAGCACUAAAUAAAUGAAUACAGAGCCACCACCCACCAGUACAAGCCUGGACUCACUUUGUUUUUCAGAGAGGUUGUGUACCAAACAAAUAUUCACAUUAGUAUUCAGUAAGGUAAUCAAGUCUUACCUCUUUGCAUGCCCACUAGGGUGGGGCGAUGCUAUUUAUGUCGCGGUAUGCCAGGAUAAAUUCCUCCAAUGAUAAGAAAAUGACUUGUACCGGCAUAAAUGAUAAACGGAAACAAGCCGAGUUGAUGACGUGUGACACACAGGUGAAAACAUGGCUAGUGAGUUGAAGGAGUUUCUCCAGGAAUGGGACUUAGAUGAGAAGAAGCAAGUGUGUGUAACUACUUACAGUGGAUCUCAUGUGAAAGCAGCUGCCCUGAAAAUGGGAAUAGAUUGACUUGCUUUGGACUCUCUCCACAGUGCCAUAGGUAAGCUCACUUUUCAUUUCAUGAUUUUUAAUGGUAUGGGUGAAUGUUUGUAGCUUUUUGUACAAGACUUGUCAUAUUGUCAUGCAUCCCAAAAAUAUCAUGUUACAUGCAAAGGUCCAUAUCGCCCAACCCUAAUUCCUAGAUAGUAUCAGCAUCCAUCCAUCCAUUUUCUUCUGCUUAUAUGGGUCCUGGUCGUGGGGGCAGCAGUCUCAAUAGGGAAGUCCAGAUUUCCCGGGACUUUCUCCCGGCUGGGCAUGCCCAGAACACCUCACCAGUGUGAAAGAGCAGCGGCUCUACAGCAGCUCCUAACGGAUGAUCGAGCUCCUCAUCCUGUCUCCUAGGGUGCAGACAAAGAGUGAUUCAGAAGACCCUAUGAACAAACACACGAGGAGGGACCGCACCUCGGCCGGACGUGGGAUACCGGGGCCUCACCCUGGAGCCAGGCCCGGUGAAGGGGCUGGCAGGCAAGCCGGAUACCCCCUCCCACCCGAACUGGAGUCCCUCGACACCUUGGCUGUGCUUAGAAAUUCUGCCCAUGAAAAUGAUGAAUAGAAUGGGUGACAAAGAGCAGCCUUGGUGGAUGCCAACGUUCCCCGGAAACAGGCUGGAUUUGCUGCUGGCAAUUCCAACCAGGCUCCUGCUCUGAUUGUACAAAGACGAAUGGCACGUAGUAGCGCGCCACCAACUCCGUACUCCCGGAGCACCUCCACAGGCCCCACAGGGGACACGGUCGAAUGCCAUUUCCAAGUCCACAAAGCACAUGUAGACCGCUUUGGCAAACUCCCAAGUACCCUCCAGUACCGUUGCGAGGGUGUAGAGCUGGUCCAGUCUUCCACAACCAGGACAAAAACCACAUUACACCUCCUGUAGCUGAGGAUGGAAUAACGGUUGUACUCUUCUCUCCAGCACCCUGGAAUAGACUUUCCCAGGGAGGCUGAGGAGUGUGAUCCCCUAUAGUUGGAACACACCCUCCGGUCACCCUUCUUGAAAAGGGGGACCACCACCCCAGUCUGCCAAUCCAGAUGUACUGUUCCCGACUUCCACGCAAUGUUGAAGAGACAGAGCCUUGAGGAACUCACGGCGAACCUCGUCCACCCCCGGAGCUUUGCCACUGGGGAGUGUUUUGACUGCCCCAGAUGCCUCAGCCACAGUGAUGGGACUGUCCACGUUCCUGUCCUCACACACUGCAUCUCCUGCACCCCCCUCCAUCCACCCACACACACACACACACACACACACACACACACACACACAAUCCUCAACAGCGCGGUGUCUAAUGAGGACAACUUCGGGUUUCUGGGAACUGCAACUUCUGAAGUGGUCCUCCCACAUAGACACUGUAUGUAAAAAGGCCCAGCAGAGGUUUUACUUCCUACGGCAACUCAGGAAGUUCAAUCUGCCCCAGGAACUGCUGAUCCAGUUCUACACCACAAUCAUUCAGUCUGUUCUUGCACUUCCAUCACUGUCUGCUUUGGAUCUGAACCAAACAGGACAGGAACAGACUAUGAAGGCCCAUCAAAUCUUUUAGAUCUUUUUUCUGCAAUUAUUAUUUUGUGAUUCACACCAAAAUAAUAACCCCACACUUUUUGGAUCAGUCUUUGAUAUUUUGUCGAACCUGUUGAAAACUCGUCCUGUAUUUUUUUUCCAUGUCCGUUGACCAUUUUUUCUGGAGUUAAAUGCAAAAAUGCCGAAAAUGGUCCAAUCUCGCGACGGUAAAGAAUUGUUUAAUAAUUCCUGGCUCCAGACGGUGAUCUCCCCCAAAAUGUAAUCAGUUCUUCCAUAUCCUGUUUCCGACGAUUCCUGGAAAUUUCAUCCAAAUCCAUUUGGAGCGUUUCAAGUUAUUUUGAAGACGGACAGACGGACGUAAUACAUUACUAAACAUCUGUAACAAUCCACAUUUCGUUUUUUUAAGAAGAUAACAUCCAAACAAGGAAACUCAGCUCCAUCCGCCCACAGUCGUGCACACUCCUGGGGUGGGAGAUACACUUUAUAUCGGGAAUACCUACUUAGGCACCGGGAUCAAUAACUCCCAAGCAAAUGUUUGCUACACAGCAAAUGAUACGUCUUUCCUACCGUGGUAACACAGACGAAGAGCUACAAUCCAAACAAACCGUCCUCUGUGCAGUAUGACUUACGCUGAUCUCCAUGAGCAGCCAUACAGGAGCAAAGGGACCGUCUCCAAAUGUUUAUACUGAAAAGAAACAAACGAUGAUUCAUUUAUUUCACUUCUGUGACGUGUAGUGCCACCAAACUCACCUCACACAUGAGGUGCAUCCUCCUGGUUAUACUCUAGCAAUUAGUUUGGGGAAAUGUGAGGCUAACCGUACCACCAGUACAAAUGUGAAAAUUCAGGGUUUUUUUGCUUGUUUUUUAUUUUCUCCAAAUUUAAAAUCUUACAGAAAAUAAAUACACUCACAGUUCAGUGGUGUCUUUGAAUGCAUCCUCUCAUUGCAUAAUAACAGGGUUAAAGUGUGAUUCAAAUGUUGUGCUACCAUUAAGAAACUAGUGUUAGGUAAAUAGAUUUUUGGACAUGUGCUAUCUUUUAGCUUGAUUUAAAAUUUCACUUUGUUUAGAGCUGUUAAUACAAAUAUGGAUAAAUAAAAUCCUUCUUUCAAUAAAAUAUAGUAAAAAUGGGCAUGUUUCAGACGUAGUUGCAAAUGGUGAAUUUUUUUAGUUUUGUUUUGUUUUCUUACUGUACACAAUGAGCUUCCACAAUAAUUCCUGUUUGUGUCCUGCAGACAUCCAGCAGCUGAUUGACAUCCAGCACCACAGGGUGGGAGCUCCACU